AUGGCAUCACGCUCUCCAUCGUCUUCACCUGAUUCUGCCACAGGCUCAGGUACCGAUCCAGCUCGGCCUGAUACAGGAGAGCCUCUCGGUGGAGGAUCAGACUCCGACUCAGAUCUAGGUUUAGGGAAAUUCGACUGUGGUGUAGAUGACCCGAGUCAUCGACUGGAAGGGGAGGAAUUGGAACACGAAUUUGAGGCAGCGGCAGACCGUCUCCGAGAUCUACUUCAGACGGCCAGUAGGGAACAAUUGUUGUACCUGUAUGCUAGGUAUAAACAGGUGACUAUCAGAUAGCAGCACAUCCCAAACUAUUUUUUUCAUUUGUUAUUUAGAUAGAUGCUAGCUAGAGAGCUAUCAGGUGACAUGACAUGCAUAUUCAGGCUACAUUCAUGUCUAAUGUUCUAGCUAUUGGUGCCACCAAAUCAUGCCCUUGCAUCCACAAUAUCAUUGUUACACUGUUUUGUUGACUUGUGGUGGGGGGAGGUUCACAACAGUUAAGUACACAAAUCACAAACAGGUGUAUAAUCAAUUUCCACCUAUUGCUUGCCAUUGAAUGGAUAGUGAGGAUUCUGCUGAGUGCUGUCAGACAGAUGAUUAGACUAUGCUGCUAUUAAAUCCAUUCCUGAAUCAUCACCUCUAUUUCAUAUGUUCACAGGUAAAGGUUGGAAAGUGCAAUACAGCAAAGCCUGGGUUUUUCGAUUUUGAAGGUCAAAGAAAAUGGUAUGUUUGUCACUGGUUAAUCAUUGUGCUGAUUGAUGUGAUGUGUUUAUUCAAUUCCUGGCAGGAAUUUGCAUGGGUGAAUCUAGCCCUUGAUCGUGAUGAUCAGUUCCAUUACAGUAAACAUAAUAUAAGGUGUCUUCUGUAGGGCGGAGGUUUGUUAAGAGCCGCAAUGCUCAGUCUGAACAUGAACAUGUACUGUUUUGGAAGCAUUAAGGACCUUUCAUAUCGGCGAUAAAUAAUUCUCUAAAAAUAUGUUACAGCGCUUGUUUACAGAAAACAGAUGGAAGACAGAGUGGACUACCUGUGCUAAUUAGCUAUCUGCGUCUCUGAACACCUGUGUGUAAAUGGAAGCCAGACGCCACAAACGUGUUGUCACUGAAAAAUACUGUCAACUGCAACUGUGUUAAAACUGGUUAAUGUAGUGUACAGUAAGUGUGUAUUUUGCAUUUGUGAAAUUAUUUUGAUGUGAUAGGAAAGUAAAGGGAUUUAUGUUUCUAGAACCGUACUGCAAUUGAGAAUUGAUUCACGUUUAGAUGGAGUAUUUGGCAGUUUUGGUUUCCAGAGCCAAUUUGCCCUUUAAACAGAACAUGUAAGGUCCUUGGACUAAGGAGUAAUAUUAGGCUCCUUUAGUCCAAUAUUGAAUCUAGCUCUCAAAAUCCUUCUCCGUAGGGUUUUCAACGGUUAGCUUCGCCCAUGGUUGGCUGCGUGUGAGCUACAAUUCGGACACUGUAUUUUAAUGUCAAGAAAUGUCAAUCAUCCCUUGCGAAAUGGUUUUUGAAACAUAUGCCCCUUAUCUUUCAUAUCAACGAGAAAUAAUAGUUCAAAUAAAAAAUAUACUUACUGUAGCAGUUUUGCACAGAUCCAUAAGCUGUGUGUGAGGAGGAACUGGAUAGGAACUACACUUCCUACCCAGUUACGCUUACACACAGAUGUUCGGAGCACGCUAGAUAGCUAUAUGAAAGAUACUUUCCUUAUGUUUCCAAAACCGUACCGGUUUCUACAUUCUAUUUUUUCUUGUUACAAAUUUAAACUCUACUGUAUGGUCCUGUUCUCUUGAAUGCUUUUGGGAGGGAGAGAAACAAUCUUCUGAAUGUUGUUGUUAUGUUUUGCUACAGGACAGCAUGGAAGCAGCUUGAGGACAUGAGUGCAGAACAGGCCAUGCAGGAGUAUGUUUCGUGCAUAACUUCACUAGACCCAGACAGCAGUCAGAAGGUAAAAAGCCCUCACAAAUCCAAAACUACACUACACUUGAUAUGAUACAUUUACAUAAUACAAUUUCCACAUGCAGGAAACACUGCAAUAUGAGAACUGAAACACAUGUCUUUCUCACGUUUGAACCAUUUUUAUUUGUAGGUUUAAGAGUGCCCCUUCUGAUAAGAAUCCUUAAUCCAUUGCUUCAGUAGGCUAGACUUGACUUGACUAAAUAAAGAUAAUUAACUUUGACAGCUCCAUCUGCACCUUAGAAUGCAGUAUGGUACAUUGACCAGCAGGGGACUCUCACUGACAAUGCAGCUUGGCAGAAAGACCACACAUUUGUCAAAUAAAAUUGUAUUUGUCACAUGCUUUGUAAACAACAGGUGUUGACUAACAGUGAAAUGCUUACUUACUGCAUUUCACUGUUAGUCUACCGUAAGCAUUUCACUGUUAGUCUACCUGUUGUUUACGAAGCAUGUGACAAAUACAAUUAGAUUUUAUUUGACAAAUAGGUGAUCUUUCUGCCAAGUUGCAUAGUCAGUCAGUGCCCCCUACUGGUCAACAUUUGUCCAACAUUACCUGAUACUGUUUUAGCCUUGCAUGCAGACAUCUCUUUAAUGUUUACAGAUUAGAAUGAAACCAACUCCAGGAAAUGAUUUUGUGAUUCACUCUUUGUUUUCAUCUUCUAUGUAGGCAAAAUACAAUUAUUGUGAAUUUGACAUUAUUUGUGAGAGGGUUUUUGAUCUAUCCUAAAUACAAGACGUUUUCUGUGCUCAUAGAUUGCGUAUGUGGUGUACCUGCCUGCAUCAGGGGUAGGGUUGUUAUGCAGACAUGCGCCUGCUCUCUCAGGGAGUAGGGCAAUGGAAUCAUUCACUCACUAAAUGAUACGCCAUUACAAUAACAGCCCUGCCAACUGGGACCAAGCAGACUGUCACAGCUGACAGUAGCUAGAUUUCCAUCUAAUUGGCGACAGAUUUUCAAGUGAAUAUUCAAAUAUUCGCAUAAAAUAAAUAUCAGAUUAUUAUGGAUAAGAGCAACAAUAUUUUUGUCAACCAGCAGCCAUGCAUCGAUCAUCAUGUCACCAGAAUAAGACCCUCAAUAUUUAUUGGAAAGGAGCAUCAAGAUCAAUGUGCACUUUAACCACACUGUGAAGUUAAUCAUCAUUGGUUUAAUCUGUAGCCUAAUAAACUACAUGGUUUCCCGAUGCGUAGUGAGAGGACCACACGUCAUAUCACGUGACUCCAAGUUUACUUCGAUAUGAUGGUUAUUACAGUGCCUUCAGAAAGUAUUCAUACACCUUGACCUAUUCCGCAUUUUGUUGUUACAGCCUGAAUUCAAAAUUGAUUAAAUCGGGGGGGUUUCUCACCCAUCUAUGCACAAUACCCAAUAAUGACAAAGUGAAAACAUGUUUUUAGAAAUUUGUGCAAAUGUAUUAAAAAUGAAAUACAGAAGUAUCUCAUUUACACAAGUAUUCACACUCCUGAGUCAAUACUUUGUAGAAACACCUUUGGCGGCGAAUACAGCUUUGAGUCAUCUUGGUAUGUCUGUAUCAGCUUUGCACAUCUGGAUUUGGGGAUUUUCUAUUAUUCUUCCUUGCAGAUUUUAUCAAGCUCUGUUAAGUUAGAUGGGGAGCGGUGGUGAACAGCAAUCUUCAAGUCUUUCCACAGAUUUCCAAUGGGAUUCAAGUCUGGGCUUUGGCUGGGCCACUCACCAUACUUCACGGUAGGGAUGGUGUUAGACAGGUGAUGAGCUGUGCCUGGUUUUCUCCUGACAUAGCACUUUGCAUUCAGGCCAAAGAGUACCAUUUUUGUCUCAUCAGACCACAGAAUCUUUUGCCUUUAUGAUCUCAGAGCCUUUCACAUGCCUUUUUGCAAACUCCAGGUGUGCUGUCAUGUGCCUUUUCUCUCAGGUGUGGCUUCCGUCUGGCAGCUCUCCCAUAAAGCCCAGAUUGGUGAAGUGCUGUAGAGACUGUUGUCCUUCUGGCAGGUUCUCCUAUCUGUAGUUCUGUCAGUGGUCAUUGGGUUCUUGGUCACCUCCCUGACUAAGGUCCUUCUUGCCAGGUUGCUCAGUUUGGUCAGACGGACAGCUCUAGGCAGAGUCUGGGUAGUUCCAUAUUUUUAAAAUUUCCCAAUGUUGGAGACCACUGUGCACACUAGAAAUUGUUUUAUACCCUUCCCUAGAUAUAUGCCUCAUUACAAUUCUAUCUCAGAGAUCUACGGACAGUUACUUGGACUUCAUGGUAUAGUUUCUGCUCUGACAUGCUGUAACACAAAAAAAUGCAGAAUAAGUCAAGGGGUAUGAAUACUUUCUGAAGGCACUGUAUAUCAAUAUUUGCGCAUAAAGGCGUUUCCAAAGCCAUUUCUCGCAUCAUUAAUUUUACAGACACAAAAAGAUCCCACCAUGUCGAACAAACAAAUUAUCUGUCGGCAUUUAUAGAAUUGUACCGAAACUUCCUAUUUCCAUCACAGCUGUCAUAAUUUUUUUUAUAGGGUAUGACUUUACUCACAUAAAAACCAGUGGAUGGAAUCGUGGUUAAUGACACCCUGCCUGCAGUGAGACAAUGGGAAUGGGGAGGGAGGGCUGCGAAAAAGGCUGAAUGAAACACAACAUUUUUGUGUUUCCAUAGACCAGUCCCUCAUUUUGAAGUAUGUCAUUUCCAGCAUGGGUAGGGUAUGGUUUGAUACAACGGAUUCAGACAUUUUUUAUAUUGUUUGUUCCGACCUCUAUUUAAAAAGGCUGAGGAAAGUACCAACAUGAGAGAAACCCAAAUACACUUUUCUUCCCGAAUGAAAAUUCAGCACAAAGCAGAUAUGUCCCCUUCUCUAACCUCUGUCCCCAAAGGAGAGAUUUCGAGUGAUGUUUAGCGGUGUGACAUAAAAGCCUGUCACCCGUCCUGUUGUAGCUAGUGCCCUCCACCUGCCUCUCUCCUUCCCCAUCCAUCCCGCCACAAUGUGAGUGUCAGCAGGCAUCAGUGGCCUGCAAGCCAGCCUGACACGUCCCUUUCUCUGGCACUGCGAUCGAGACCAAUACCUGCCGACAUGGCCCCCAGCGCGGCACAAUGCCAGGGGAAGGCAAAUGCACAAAUGCCCCUCUGAAAAGGAUGUGAUUGUAUUAGUGUUAACAAAGUGCAGGGACUCUAUUCUUACCAGGGUCCAGACAAAGAGAUUCAGGAGAGGCUGGAUGAGGAUGAAGGCAGCAGAGACAAUAGUCAGUUCUUGACCUCUCUCCUAUUUGUAUUGUUGGAUGCACUAGCUUUACAAUAUAAAAGGAAGUGCAUCAACGAAUAUUCUGAGUUUAGAAAUGAAUUACACUCCUAAAAGUGCAUGGACAGUUUUUUCUUUUCUUCUGCCCAUGAUCCCCUCAGAAAUGACAUCUGAUUUGUUUGUUGUCUUGUGUGAGUCAUUGUUUAAGGGAAUAUAGAACAUAGGCUAUACUAAAACUGUUGUAUCCAGGCAGGCUAUGAUAGUUUGCCAUUACACCAUGUGUUACCAGGUCAGAAAAUGCUCAGAAAAUAGGGAAAGUUAAAAUAUACUACUCAAAGCUGACCUUUUAGAUAUAAUUUUGACCCAUGUUUUGGAGUCACGUCUAAACAAUAUGUGACAGCAUCGUGACUAGGUGAACCUAUUUCUGUCUGUGAAUAGGGAAAUUCAUUCUCCCAGUGGCUCCUUUGUUUUCCAUUGUACGGCACAGUGUGCUUCUUUUAGGUUGGGGAGAACAGUGCACUGUUAUACUGGAUAACUAGGUAGGGGAAUACUGAACUGUCCCUAGAGCACAAGAGUGUGGCACACACCACUACAGAGUUGAGGGGAUCAUUAUGUCAAAUUAGUUAUUCAUAGUGUAAGAUAUUGGUGCAGUUGUUUGAACUUUUCAGUGAAUGUCUGGAUUUAAUGUUUAGUUUCUUGUUCCAGGAGAGAAGAGAGCGUAGGACAGGAUUUGGAGGCCCAGCAGUCAGUUCCCUCUACCAAGAAGAAAUGAUCAGGUACGUCACACACACAGACAGACACACAGACAGACACACAGACAGACUAACAGUAUCAGAGACAAACUUCCUCUGCAUUAAGCCCUGAGUUUCAGAAGUUCCUCUGCAGACUGUAAACUGUUGUGGGGACAUUAGACAGUCCAGAUUAUGUACAUUCUAUUCACUUCCCUUACGGGAACCCUCAGAAGCUUGUUCAAGCCUAAACACCGCCUUGUUUCUGGAAAAAAAGGAAUCCAGCAGGUUUUCCCUUAAAUUAUCCUCAUUAGUAUGCGUUAGUGUGCAUGUGUUAAGGAGAGGUGGCCUGAGAAACGCCUGCCUUUUAAUUAGUUUUUCGUUAGCGUGGAAAAAUGAGAGAUCGGUGAUAGCCGAUAGGGUUGCUCCAUGGGGACAGGAAGUCAUUAACAUUCCCCCUCAGCAAGGUUUUUCUCGGGCGUGUCCCGCUCCAAACUGUUACACUCACUGGUUCGCUGAAUAUCCAAUUUUCCCCUCUCAGUACAGGGAGACCCUCUCCAUAUGAACUACACUGCCUUCUCAAGCAGCUGCUUUUCACUGAGUUAAUUGCAUCCUCUUUGCUAAUUUUCUGCUCUGGGUCGGGUAGCUAUGUGUGGAAUGUGUAUUGACAAAAGCUGGCUUGAUUGGCGACAUCCCGAAGAUAGUGAAGUCUGCUGCUUGUGAUGGAAUAGAUUUGUGUGAGCUACACUUGUAAUCCUCACAGAUUGUGAAAAGGCUCUGAUCAACAUCAGACUUAUUGUUAGCUGAUUGGCGUUCUAGACCACUUGGCUGGAAAGUCACAGCGAGUGUGAGUUCUCUCAUUGCCACUCAUAGUGCUUUGUUGUAGCCUGUGUGUUUGUGUGUGUGUUGCCCAUGGUGUGUGUGUGUGUGUGAGUGACCUCCCUAUAAGAAUGUGUGUGAUUGAUGGUGGAGCUGUUGAAGUCAUCUGUAGCGGCCUGGCUGUGUUGGGUGAUGAGUGUUUUCCUACUGAAGGGCUGGCAUGCAGGCUGAUGGAUGAGGGGGAUAUCUGUCAGUAUGCCGGGCUGGACUGGGCUGUGGAGCAGGGUUGUGUUCUAUGAGGCUGGUGUGUGUCAGUGAGCUGGGCUAGGCACCAGGACUGUGUGUUGUAUGAGGCUGGUGUGUGUUUUACUCAUGCAGGGUGGUGUUGUGGAUGAUGGUAUGGUGUUUAUGGGUCAUGACACCAAAUCCACAUUUACAGUAACUGAUUAGUUACAAAGUAGUUACAACAUGCACAUGAUAUCACAGUGGCGCAUGCACACACUGCCAUACACUUCAGGCUUCCGCAUGCUUUGGUUCGGCUCCCAUACGCCCUUAAAAGACCUUCGCUUGAAAAAGGAGAAAAGGUGUCUAUAGUAGUAGGCCACUCACACACAUCAGGGCUGAUAACUGGCCCUACACAACUCUCCCUCCCCCCGGCUGGUAGUCAGCUGUGGUUAACCAGGCAGUGGGGAUGACAGAGUAGCCUGUGACCUUCCCAGCAUGCCGUGCGGCGGGCGGUGCUGAUUAUGUCGUUUAUCAGGGCACCAUUAAUCGUGUGUGUGCUUUCGGCCGGCCGGCCGGCAGCCGUGAGGCCAAACCCUCGCCGGCCAUCGCAGCCUGACUGAUAAGCACCGCCAUUGAUUUGUUACCGUGGGAGACAACUGUUGCCCACAUGGCAGGGAUACUCUGGGUCAACGCUGUGAUCACCGGAGGAGGGGGAGGGGCUGGCCCCCCACUUAUGGAUUAACAUGACACUUAUGAGCAUGUAAAUGAAUGUGUUCUCGCUUGUAACCUUAUUAUUUUCAACUGGAAUUAGCUGUUUAUAAAUCAACGUGUGAUACAGAGGCACAUGGCAAGCAUCAGGAACAAAGGGAGAGAGGGCUCCACAGUACUCUGUUUAACACUGUUGCUAUUUUACAUUUACAUUUACAUUUUAGUCAUUUAGCAAACGCUCUUAUCCAGAGCGACUUACAAAUUGGUGCAUUCAACUUAGGAUAGCCAGUGAGCUGGGCCUGGGAUUGGGACUACGUUGCUCUCUUUCAGACAAUGGAAACUAAAUGCAAUGAAUCAGGAUCCCUGCAUGGGUAAGAGGGGAAGGCGUAAAUAUCUAAAUAAGAUUUAGCCCCUUCCCCGCUCCCCCCGUAUCUACCCUCCCCCCGCCUGGCGUGGCCUCAUACCAGGAGGUGAUUAGGUGGCAGAUAAUUCAAGCUAGUGUGGCGUACCUACCGCACAGCAGCUCCCCCAGGGAUGACCCACCAGGGAGGAGCAGGAGGAAAUGUUUACCUCACCAACACCUGCACACACUUGGCCCCUCAAACAGCCAAACACAGGGCUUUUUCCAGCCAAACAAAAUGCACAGCUGACGACACAGUGUGUUCCAGUCCUCUCCUAUGGGACCAAGAAACAAGAGAUGCCCAUUCACCUGACAAUACUCAAUAUAUUGGCAUGUGUAUUCAUAUCCAGAUUUGUUAAUGACAAGAUUGCAAUAAUAUUAUUCAGAUCUAGAUUUUUUUAUUAGCCGUGUGUGUGGUGGUGUUAUUGUUUUUGCUGAGAAGGAGAAUUCCCUGAAGAACAGGUGUCUCUUCCCAUCGGACACCAGACAGUUCCUUCACUUCAAUGCACUGGUUCUUUGACUGAUGCUUUCUCUCUUACUCUCCCCUCACAGGGAAGAAGACAAGAACAUAUUUGACUACUGCAGAGAAAACAACAUUGAACACAUUACCACGGCUAUCAGUUCCAAGAAAGUGGAUGUCAACACAAAAGAUGAAGAG